GGUACAAACCAUAGGGUUAAACGAGCGCUAAGAGCUGAUCGUACUCUGCUUUCACAUAUGCUAAAGUUAGAAGGAAGAUAAGAAGCUAGAAUGGAGACACUUGUUUUUCUGUUUCCUCAAUUCAACUUUUCGGCCCCAAAAGAGGAAGCAUAUUUCAAAAUGCUCGGUCCUGAGGACUUGAAGGCACCGAGAAUGAAAGCUAGUAAUUCCAGGUAGGUUUUCUUUUUUUUUACUUGAAAUCUUCUGAUCCUUUUUAUUUGAUUGAAAGCAGAAUUCCAUUUUUGUGUCUUUUAACAAUUCUAUAAAGCUUCUAAGUCUUUCUUUCAUUACAUUUUGUAAGAAUGCCACUUCCUUUAUUUGCAUUGCACAACAAGAAUUGGAGAAAGACAGAAAAAGUAUACCUCUAAUAUGAAUAUGCUAUCUGAUAUUGUGACCUCAACUCUUUAAGUGUGACUUAUUCUUCCACUCUUCAAGUGUGACUUAUUCUUCCACUCUUUAAGUGUGACUUAUUCUUCCACUCUUCAAGUGUGACUUAUUCUUCCACUCUUUAAGUGUGACUUAUUCUUACACUCUUCAAGUGUGACUUAUUCUUCCACUCUUUAAGUGUGACUUAUUCUUCCACUCUUUAAGUGUGACUUAUUCUUCCACUCUUUAAGUGUGACUUAUUCUUCCACUCUUUAAGUGUUGCUGUCAACUUCAUGAUGUAAAGGGUUGACCAUAGCACCAUGCUUGACUACAGAGUACAGUGCAUGUGUAUCUGAGAGCCAUUUCCAUGAUCUCAAUAGCUGGAGAUGCGAAAACAAAUGUUUCUUCAUUAAGGUGACACCUUAGAAUGAACAGUUCUGGGUUAUGUACCUUGGUUAAUUUAUUUGUAUCAGAUUAUUUGCCAAGGCAAGUGGAGCCAUAAAGUAGGCAUUAAAAAGUCGUGAUGUUGUUUGUUUGAGUGUAUAAAAGUCAUUUGUGAUAAAGUUUGUUGAUACUUUUGAUGUAGAACAGUGAGGCAAAUUAAAUGACUCUACGUGAUGGGGAUAAAUUGUGACACCGUAAAACAGUUGCUCUUCUUAACUAUCCAUUCAUUAACUAUUCAAACAGUUGAAUGAUACAACCUAGACAGGAAUUAGAGAGGAGACAGGAAAAUAAAAACUUUCUGCGAAUGAUAGUUUUCGCGACAGUUUCAGUUGCUGUCGGCGUGAAUUCCUGUCUAUGCAAAUUCCCUUGAAUGUGCUGCUGUUACUGUUGCUCUCUGGGUAGGAAGUGCUGAAGUACAUUUCCCCUUGGUUCACCUUUGUUCUGUGUUUCUGGUCAUAUGUGGUGGUUGGUUUCUAGUUUCAGAAUGUUGGUUAGCCCGCUGACGCCAUCUUGCUUUGCUAGUAUUUUCAAGGGCAAUCCACAAAUGAGAUGCCACUGCUGCCUUUAGGGAAACGCUGCAUGAUCUGUUGACCUUUACAUCAUGUGACCUAAGGUGUAAAGAAAGAUCAGGGUCUAUUUGUUUCCGGUUGUCAUGUGAACCUCCAUGUUAAAGGUCCUCAGCACGAGUAACAAACUGGCUGGUUUACUCCUCUGUUGUAUGUGAUUCUGUAGCCUAGUUCCCAGAUACUGUAUGUUGGUGCCGUCUUGCCGACUCAAACAAUGUUUAGCGUGACAAUAACCAUAGGAGUUGGUAAGACGGCACGAACAGAUCUGGGACAGGCGAGUGAUUUUGUGCAUUAUGAUUCAACAGUAGAAUAACCCGGGAAUGUACUAUCAUUAUGUACAGUUAAAGUAUGUGUCUUCUGGGAGUCACCAUCUAAAGUGUCCAUUCCUUCUGGUUGCAGAUCGAAAGACAGGAAGUGCCGACUGACUCUUCUGCUGACCAAAUCAGGCUCCCACGAAAACAUCAGUCCAGAAAAAAAGACCGCCACCGCCACCAUCAAGUAAGACGUCAGUCAAGUAUAAAGGCAAAGCAAUGGAAGGAGAUUGCCCUGCAGAAUAACAUAACAUGUUUAAUUGCCCCAGUUGCCCAAUUUGUUUUGAAGAGUAUUUUCAAUCUUAAAGGGAUAUUUCAGCAUAAUUACGUUUAGAUAAUUGUUACCUUAUCUUGAAAGCAGCAUUGCCCAAAGACUACUUCAAGGAAAUUAAUAUGAAGCUAAAUAUGUAAUGUCGAUGAAUUACCCCUUUAAAUUAAUACCAGAGGGAAACAACGUAAUCUAAACGCGGCCCACCGUCAGCUUUCAACAGGAUCAAACAGAAAGAUAUAUAAACAAAUCAAUGCAGCAUCAUUAGCAGAGGACUUUAAUGGUAUCUCUGACUUUUUUUCUGCAGCAUCUCACCGGAGGCAGCGUUGAGAUGGAGCGACUCCUUUGAAGAUCUGCUCAGGCACUCAGGUUAGAUUGAAGCUAGCGAUCUCUCAUUUAGUCACAAAUUGCAAGUCUAAACCAUUUUUGUUCAAAGCACAACUUUAAUGGGAAGCCACAGUGUCUUUUGGGAAAUUAAAGGUUAGAGAAGAACAAUGGAAUUUGACUAGAUGUUUUCAGCGUUCGGUAAGACUAUCAAACCUGUCUAACUUCCUGAUAUGUCUAUUGAAGAGUGUUUCCUUACAGCUGUACAUCAUUUUGGUCUAGAGAGUCAUUGAGAUCAAUGGUUGAAUGUUCAAUAUUAUCUUUCCCACUUUUCAUUGAGAGCUGGUUGGGAAUCUAUAGAAUUUGGCAAUUUAUUUUAGGAAUAUGAAUAAACAAGAAACAAAUAUAAUAAUAAAUAAAUAAUAAACAGGUAGCCUAAACAAAAAUAAGGCAAGUCUCAGUGAAUAGAGUCUGACAUUCAAUCAAUAAGGUGCUUACAAAGUAACACAUCUACAGCACCAGCCUCAAGUAGGUGGAGUGUAGAUCCCUCUGUCACGAUUACUCUGGUAACAGUACAUGCUAAUUUUCAUUCAUAUAGACCUCACCAUUGAAUCCAAUGAAUCCGAUGGAUCAUUAAAGAGUAUGUUCUUCUCCCCUGAUGCAGAUGGAGUGGAGAUGUUCUCUCAGUUCCUCAGGACAGAGUUCAGUGAGGAGAACAUUGAGUUCUGGUUGGCCUGUGAGGAGUACAAGACCAUCGACUCGGAGAUCCGGCUCAUCUCCAAAGCCAAGCACAUGUAUUCUGUCUUCAUUGAAGCCGAGGCCCCAAAAGAGGUAAAUAUAUAGUGCUCGAGAAAUGAAACCAAAUAGGCCUUGCUGGAGCUUUAUAUCAAUGGCAAUGGAAAAACUGUGGGCCCUAUCAAUGUAAAUUCCCUAAAGCUGCUGCUUGGUCAAUGGGACUUUUCAAACUAUUCAAAGAAAGAUACAAUCUAAUCUUCUUUGCGCUUCUAUGAUCUUGAUCUAGUUCAAAAGGGUGGCUGAUUAGAUGCAAUGCAUCAACAUUCACUGGUAUACAUACUUUGGCCUUUAUAAACUAUGCACAGGAACUAUGCAGAGGUUACAAUUAGUAGGAUGCAUGAACAGAGUCCUGAGAACCAUGUGGUUUAGAAGACGUUCUAUACCCUUAGUGAGACAGACAUGACCAUUACAGAACCAUGUGGUUUAGAAACGUUAUACCCACAAGCAGCAUUGGACGCAGACUGACGUGACCGUGUGGUUUUGUUUCUCUGCAACUAGCAGCAACUGAACCAGUGAUAUAGACACCCACACACUUUCAGUUUGAGAUCAAGUCUUCUAAGCUCAGUCAGAUAAUAAGCUAGCAGGACUUCAAAACGAAAAGUGUAACAUUGACCCCACAUUCUGCUUAUAUGGAGGGCUCUGAGUAAAGUCAACUCAAAACAAUGCCUCAAGGAGGCUCUGGGUAAAGUCAACUCAAAACAAUGCCUCAAGGAGGCUCUGAGUAAAGGCAACUCAAAACAAUGCCUCAAGGAGGCUCUGGGUAAAGUCAACUCAAAACAAUGCCUCAAGGAGGCUCUGAGUAAAGUCAACUCAAAACAAUGCCUCAAGGAGGCUCUGAGUAAAGUCAACUCAAAACAAUGCCUCAAGGAGGCUCUGAGUAAAGUCAACUCAAAACAAUGCCUCAAGGAGGCUCUGAGUAAAGUCAACUCAAAACAAUGCCUCAAAGAGGCUUGGGCCAGCCAUGAACAGUAGCUCUUCACCUUUCAUGACUGUAUUUUGACUGUACUAAGCUGAGUGCAAAGUGACACAUGCUUUGGGUACACACAGGGCCAAUCUCAAAACUGACCACUAGACCCGACGUCCUGUGCACUUGUGGAGAUCGGAGAGGAUUUGAUUGGUAUAAGCAAUAUAGUGAAACAUCCACCCAGCCUAUCAGAGGGCGGCAGGUAGCGGCAGGUAGCUUAGUGGGUAAGAGCGUUGUGCCAGUAACCGAAAGGUCGCUGGUUCUAAUCCCCGAGCCGACUAGGUGAAAAAUCUGUCGAUGUGCCCUUAAGCAAGGCACUUAACCCUAAUUGCUCCUGUAAGUCGCUCUGGAUAAGAGCGUCUGCUAAAUGACUAAAAUGUAAAUGUAAAUGUAAGUGGAGCUAUUACCAUUUCACCAUAUCUAAGGUUUGAUGAGCCACAUCCACUCAACAUACUGAUAAUAGUGUCACUUGUCUUUUAGGUCAACAUCGACUAUGCCACCAAGGUGGCCAUCCAGAAGACCAUCGCCUCGCCGACCAAUACCUGCUUCGAUGUGGCACGGAGCAAAGUCUACAGCCUGAUGAAAAAAGACUGCUACCCAAGGUUCCUCAGGUCAGACAUCUACCUGCGCCUCACCAAGAGGAAAGGCCCCGGGACCACCAUGUACCGCCGGAGGUCACGGUCCUGCGUUUUCGAUGAGCUGCGAGGGGAGGCCACCAGCGACUCCUCUGACUGGUUGUAGCAUCAUAAGCCAAGAGUAGUACCACACACACUUCCAAUUUCCCUUGCAGUGCAAUGCCUGUAGCUGACUAGAUUUACAUUUUAGUCAUUUAGCAGACGCUCUUAUCCAGAGCAACUUACAGUUAGUGAGUACAUUACAUGCAUAAUUAUUUAUUUUUUCAUACUGGCCCCCCGUGGGAAUCGAACCCACAACCCUGGCGUUGCGAACGCCAUGCUCUACCAACUGAGCUACAUCCCUACCGGCCAUUCCCUCCCCUACUCUGGGCCAAUUGUGCGCCGCCCCAUGGGUCUCCCAGUCGCAGCCGGCUACAACAGAGCCUGGAUUUGAACCAGGAUCUCUAGUGGCACAGCUAGCACUGCGAUGCAGUGCCGUAGACCACUGCGCCACUCGGGAGGUGUGGCACAGGUGUGACUGGAAAGUUGAAACAUUUUAUUGAGAGACUUUCUGAAGAGAUUUGACUUUACAGCUAUCAAUUAAAAUGUUCACCAUCUAGACAGCAAACAUGCACAUACUGUGUAAAAAUACUAAUAUGCAAUAUUCAUCUUGUUUACCGUUAAAUGUCUUGCCAUUGCUUGUAUUAAUUCAAUAAUUUAUUAUAAUAAUCUGUUAUGUUGGCUUUUAGUUGUAAAUUGUAUUUAUUGUCUGGAGAGUAAUUAUUGAAAUAAACAAUAUAUUAUGAAAUCUUUUAAUUUUUUUUAUUUUAGCAAAAGAUUCAAUUAUGUCAAAAGAGACAAAUGUAAUGUUAGUGCAUUACACAGUCAGAAGGGUUGAUAGAAGUAUCUGGAAGGAACCCAAAUCACUGAAACAUUUAUAGACCUCACCAAGCAACUGAGUAACCACUCUAGGAUUGGAAUUAUUCACGUCAUUGGUAUGCACACAGUAUUCCUUACAAAGACAAAUAUGUAAUCAUUCCAAGCUGCCAGUGAUCCAACUGAGUCUAUGUAUGCGUUCCAACUGACACCCUAUUUCCUAUAAAGUACACUACAUAGGGUUCUGGUAAAAAAAAGUAGUGCACUUUGUAGGGAAUAGUGUGCCAUUUGGCACGCAGCCUUUCCCUUUCAAAUAUGUAUGUGGUGGGAGGAAGCGCACGCAUAAUUCACAUACUCCCUGGGCUUAGUGGGCCUAUUUUCUGUCAUUAACACACAUGUCAGGGUCUCCUUUAGCCUUUGGAGCAAUACAGCCUUCUCAGGCUGAGUUACUGUCAUUCCAGCAUGAUCAGAAUGACUCAUAAAUUAAUAUCUUUAUGUAUGCAUUUAAAUGGCGUUGGAAUGAAUAAUGCUCUGACUUGUAUUCAUUGAAAUGGUGGAAAGAAUAGAAUAGAAUAACCAAUAUCAAAAGUCUAGUUAAAGAUGUUAUAAAGGUAUAAUUUCAGCCAGUAGUUUUGAAAGUAACGGUCACGUGCCAAAACGGGUCCCCCAAAAUUGUGCACAACUGUGUACUACGUCAUCAAUUUCCUAUAAUAUGUUACGUCCUGCAAAAAAAUUAAAUAAAAAAUCCCCUGGAAUUUGUAUAAUAUGUUACGGAUUCGAAUUCGUACAAUAGGUUACGAAUUUGUAAGCGCUUAAGAUCCCGUUCAGUCUCUUUAAUACAGUGCUGGUGUUUAAUUCGUCACAGCAAAGUGAUUAGCUUCUUUCCCUUCCUGUAGGAGUUAAAUGACGUCCAUGAUUGGCUCCAUGGCAUCUUCACCAUGGGAGUUUGGUCAGUCUGUUUUAAAAAACUGCAUUGCCUGGACAUUAGAAAAUCAAGGACUAUUAUUAGUUAAAAUUCGUAGACAGUUCACAACAAUGCCGAAUCCUCCGAAUAGAGAAAUCAAUAAGCGCAAUACUUUACUUGCCUUAGGAUAUAACGAGGAAACAUCCCUAAUGCAUACAUAUGUCCCUCAGGCAAAAAAAAUAAACGUGAUAAAGCAUUUAGCUUCAAAUUAUAUUGAUUUAAUAGAGGAAUGCUAACGUUGGCUAAUGUUUCCUUAACCCUCACUGAUCUAACCUACACUACCAGUCAAAAGUUUGGACACACCUACUCAUUCAAGGGUUUUUCUUUAUUUUUACUAUUUUCUACAUUGUAGAAUAAUAGUGAAGACAUCAAAACUAUGAAAUAACACAUAUGGAAUCACGUAGUAACCCAAAAAGUGUUAAACAAAUCAAAAUAUAUUUUAUAUUUCAGAUUCUUCAAAUAGCCACCCUUUGCCUUGAUGACAGCUUUGCACACUCUUGGCAUUCUCUCAGCCAGCUUCACCUAGAAUGCUUUUCCAACAGUCUUGAAGGAGUUCCAACAUAUGCUGAGCACUUGUUGGAUGCUUUUCCUUCACUCUGCCGUCCAACUCAUCCCAAACCAUCUCAAUUGGGUUGAGGUCGGGGGAUUGUGGAGGACAGGUCAUCUGAUGCAGCACUCCAUCACUCUCCUUCUUGGUCAAAUAGCCCUUACACUGCCUGGAGGUGUGUUGGGUCAUUUUCCUGUUGAAAAUCAAAUGAUAGUCCCACCAAGCCCAAACCAGAUGCGAUGGCGUAUCGCUGCAGAAUUCUGUGGUAGCCAUGCUGGUUAAGUAUGCCUUGAAUUCUAAAUAAAUCACAGACAGUGUCACCAGCAAAGCACCCCCACACCAUAACACCUCCUCCUCCAUGCUUUACCGUUGGAAAUACAAAUGCGGAGAUCAUCUGUUCACUGACAUCGCGUCUCACAAACACACAGCGGUUGGAACCAAAAAUCCCAAAUUUGGACUCCAGACCAAAGGACAAAUUUCCACCGGUCUAAUGUCCAUUGCUCGUGUUUCUUGGCCCAAGCAGGUCUCUUCUUAUUAUUGGUGUCCUUUAGUAGUGUUUUUUUUGCAGCUAUUCGACCAUGAAGGCCUGAUUCACACAGUCUCCUCUGAACAGUGGAUGUUGAGAUGGGUCUGUUACUUGAACUCUGUGAAGCACUUAUUUGGGCUGCAAUUUCUGAGGCUGGUAACUCUAAUGAACUUAUCCUCUGCAGCAGAGAUAUCUCUGGGUCUUCCAUUCCUGUCGCGGUCCUCAUGAGAACCAGUUUCAUCAUAGCACUUGAUGGUUUUUGCGACUGCACUUGAAGAAACUAUAAAAGUUAUUGAAAUGUUCCGUAUUGACUGACCUUCAUGUCUUAAAGUAAUGAUGGACUGUCGUUUCUCUUUGCUUAUUUGAGCAUAAUAUGGACUUGGUAUUUGACCAAAUAGGUUGAUCUGUAUACCCCCCCUACCUUGUCACAACACAACUGAUUGGCUCAAUCGCAUUAAGAAGGAAAAAAUUUCCACAAAUUAACCUUUAAGAAGGCACACCUGUUAAUUGAAAUGCAUUCCAGGUGACUACCUCAUGAAGCUGGUUGAGAGAAUGGCAAGACUGUGCAAAGCUGUCAUCAAGGCAAAGGGUGGCUAUUUGAAGAAUCUCAAAUAUAAAAUAUCUUUAGAUUUGUUUAACACUUUUUGGGUUACUACAUGAUUGAAUAUGUGUUAUUUCAUAGUUUUGAAGUCUUCACUAUUAUUCUACAAUGUAGAAAAAGUAGGUGUGUCCAAACUUUUGACUGGUCCUGUAUGUCCUCGAGAUGAACCCCGACACUAUGACUGACUUACAGUGGAGGAGGCAUACACUGUCAGGAGUGGAGGCAGAUGGACACUGUAGGAUUCAAAUCCUUGUCUUGACUUUUUAAAAAAUUGGCAUUGUUGCAGCACAUGGGGAAGAUAAACUUGGUUUAUUUGCAGGCUGCUGAAGGGGCCGACGAGGACAUACAGCGCCUCACUGUGGCUUAGUAGAGGAGGCUCCCUAACACAGUGUGGGACAGGAGAAUUUCCUGGGCAAGUCCAGUAGGCCGAAAAAUAACUAUUGGCCCUUGUUAUGAUUCAUGACUAGGGCCUGGAGUUUUACCUGACCGUGUGAUCUGCUUACUAGGGAAAACUCCUGGUCCUAGGUAUGGCAUCUAGAUGACAUGGUGUUAGAAGAGGAAGACACUAGUAUAACACCUGUACAUUAUUAGUAUAGUAAACAUUUCACAAUGUCAUAUCUACAUGGAAGCUAGAGGAACAAUGACAAAGACAACAGUAUGACAAAGCCUGUUUUUAUUUCUGUUUUUGUGUGGGAUGCUUUCAAAGCCAAGUCUUCUGGGUUAUUUUCAAUGAGAAUCAACCAGCUAUGUAGUGUUAGGAGGCAUAGUAUAUAUCCACCUAAAUCAAUAACAACCACAGAAUCAACCAGCUAUGUAGUGUUAGGAGGCAUAGUAUCUAUCCACCUAAAUCAAUAACAACCACAGAAUCAACCAGCUAUGUAGUGUUAGGAGCCAUAGUAUCUAUCCACCUAAAUCAAUAACAACCACAGAAUCAACCAGCUAUGUAGUGUUAGGAGCCAUAGUAUCUAUCCACCUAAAUCAAUAACAACCACAGAAUCAACCAGCUAUGUAGUGUUAGGAGGCAUAGUAUCUAUCCACCUAAAUCAAUAACAACCACAGAAUCAACCAGCUAUGUAGUGUUAGGAGGCAUAGUAUCUAUCCACCUAAAUCAAUAACAACCAAAUCAGCAAUAAACAGUGUCUCAGAGUCUGAAGUGCACCCAUGACAACACUUCUCAGCACUGUGCACGUGCGAGACAGGCACCUCUUUUGAAAAUCAAAUUUCCCAGUCUUGGUUUGUCCACACGGAUGCAAAUCGGGAUCGCUGUGGUGUUUUCCAUCACCUGGUGAGAUUUCCAUUCCUGGUUUAGUUUGGGAAGCACAUUAGGUCUUGGGCUGGAUGACAAUGGGGGACAGGAUAGGUGAGCAACCCAGGCAGCAUCCCGUGUCUGACACACAUGGGGGUGGGUUUCCUUUAGGCAGAAAGGGUAUACCUUGCACUGAUUGCAACUGUUGAUGACCUUUGACCCUCCAUCUCCACCAGAUGUUAAAUACUUAACACCACUCAAAAGCACACAAAUCAUCGAGUAACUCCAAUUCACAUGCUCUGAUUCGCACAAAACCCUAUGAAGCCUAGUUUUAGUGCAGUGUUAGAUUUGACAGAUAGAUAUCAUAUGCAGUCUGCACAGAGUGCAGCCCAGUACAUAGCAUACCAUAUUAUUGUUGAUGUGUCCUUGAGAUUCAUGUGGAAGAUAUUCCACAACGGAUAUGCAAAUCCAGUAUAACACCAGGACGCAGGGCAUUUCCCUUUAUGCUCUAUUAGUUUACGGCUCCCGUCGACUGGCUUCAUCAGCACUAAACAUAAUCUGUUUACCUAAUUUCAUAUUCCAUGUGCAGGUUUUUAGGCUGUUCAGAAUCAGAAUCACCUUUAUUCGCCAAAUACAUAUAGCAUGUGCAGGAAUUUUCCUCAAAAGCAUAAAUACAUAUACCAAUACUGAAAAAGCAUAAACACAUACUUCAAUAUGUGUAUUUAUUCUAUUGCGGACUUACUUUGUUGUAAUACUAUAACAUACUGCCAUGUAUGUUUAUUGGGAAACCCUGCACUGGAUGAAUAUUUUUCUCUAAUACUAUAUUGCACAUGGUCAUGUUUGUUUAUCUUAUGAAUGUUGCUUUUACUGACUAGAGAUGACUAUCUGAAAGAGAUUUUGGUAGCACUUUCUUUUACUGUACAGUAUUUAUCCACCGAGAAAUGAUGUGGUGAAACGGUAACUAUGCAGUAAUAAUCAUAUAAUAUCUCUGAUUAAUAUUCUAGGAAUGACUAAUUUGGUACCAGGUAGUUACCAGUUGUUUUUGAAUUCUUCAAAGUGCCAUUCAUUGACUGGGGCAUCAUUCAUGUGCACCAUGGUAGGCUCUUUUGACAUUAGGGUUAUAUUAGGGUUAUAUUAGGGUUAUAUUAGGGUUAUAUUAGGGUUACAUUAGGGUUAUAUUAGGGUUACAUUAGGGUUAUAUAAUCUGCCAUUCAUCCUCAUGUUUAUGAAUGAUAUUGAGGUGGACAGGAAAUAACAGACGGCAUGAGGGCCACUCCUUGAAUCACAGGUGCAUACUCUCUCACCAAAUAUGUAUAUAUAUAUAUAUAUAUACCCUCUCUCCAAACAUCGCUUUGCAUACUGAUUUUCAUAUGUCCAAGGGGAGCCUUGUUUAGAUCAGUCCAUGCAACUUAACUCCUUCACCUCAAAACAAUCACAAUCUCAGCUUCACACUUGCAGGAACUAUUUUCUCUCUCCCAGACAGACAACGCAGCCAUGGCAAUAAAGUGAGUUUCUUUAUUUCUGAUUCUGUAUAUUAAUGACUAUGUUUCAAUAUAAGUUACAACUUACUACAGAAAAGUGUCGUAUGUCCAUUUUGGAUUUAAGUUUAUAUAAAUAUAUAAUGUAUUGGAUAACAGGUCAUUUUAAGUCUUGGAGGAUGUUUUGACUGGACAAAAAAAAAAGAAGCUAACUCAUUGAUGAAAAACGAUAUUAAUCUAUUUUCUCUCCAGGUGUGAGGUAGAUUUGAUAUUGUGUUUUGAGAACCACUGAUUACUGCGCUAGUGAUGGAUCUCAACACUCUUUUCAAGGGUAGAUUUUGUUGCUUUCCCAAGGAGCCGCUUGAAGAGGCUGAGACUUGGGGAGAGUCUGUGGACAAACUCCUGGGUUGUAAAUGUAAAGACAAAGUUAUAUCUUUUUACUAUGUUGCCUGUCUGAAAGGUAUCACAGAGAGUGCUAAACUGAUUAGGGAGGAUAUCAGAUUUAGGAAAUUAUUAUUGUCUGUUACCAGUAACUGUAUGCAUCAACUUAGUAUUACUGCCAGUAACUAAAAUGUAUCAACUUAGUAUUACUGCCAGUAACUAAAAAGUAUCAAGUUAGUAUUACUGCCUUUAUCAGAACUCAUGUUCAUAUACUUUCUAACAAUAACAAUCAUUGAGAAAUCCCAUUUCCAAUAAAUCUGACAUUUUCCCUUUUCCUAUUUUUCCCUAUUUCCAGCCGGGCAGGCGGCUUUCCGAGAAUUCCUGAAAUCAGAGUAUAGUGAGGAGAAUAUUCUGUUUUGGCUGGCCUGUGAAGAGUACAAGAACAUCAAGUCUCUUCCAGAGAUGAUCUCCUCUGCAAACAGGAUCUACUCAGAGUUUGUGGAAUGUGAAGCACCAAGACAGGUAAGUAGCCAUCUGGGACUGUGUGUUUCAUGGUGCUGAACAGGGUUGGGGAGGAACUGAUUACAUGGAAUUGGUUACAUGUAGUCUGAUUACAAAGAAACUGUAACUGUAAUCAGUAACUUGACCUGCAAAAAUAUUGUAAUCAGACUACAGAUACUUUUGAAAAACUAGAUGAUUACUUAUUGGAUUACUUUUAAAUUCAGAAAGGAUGUUGGAAGAAAGAAAAAAAAAACAUGACACCUUUCUAUUUUCUCAAUGACAUUCAAUUCAGUGCUGAAAAAAGGCGUACGUUUAAGUUUGUUCCACCUGAGCGAGUCUGACCACCAAUCAGAGACCACUAUGAUGACACACCAAAUGAUGACCACCAAUCAGAGACCACUAUGAUGACACACCAAAUGAUGACCACCUAUCAGAGACCACUAUGAUGACACACCAAAUGUGUUUGUUGGAUCCUUUUUGUCUUGUUCUAAUGCCUCUUAAGAGGAAAGUAAUCCAAAAGUAACUGACAGUAAUCAGAUUACGUUACUGAGUUGGGGUAAUCCAAAAGUGGAUUUACUGAUUACAAUUAUGGAAAGGUAACUAGUGACUGUAACAGAUUACAUUUAGAAAGUAACCUACCCAACGCUGAUGCUGAACUAGGAUCAGUUUAGCCUUUUAGAUUAUAAUGAAUUAGAUACUAUGGCCAUGAGAGACAUGAUCCUAGACCAGCGCUCCUACUCUGACACCCUUGACACAUACGGCCCCAUGAUCACAAUCUGGUAAAACAGUAUAAAACUCCACAUUUCAACACAAUUUGAUUUAACAAACUUCCCUCAAGAUUAACAAAUUCCUUAAAGGACCUGGUUGGAUCUACACCUGGUAAUGCUUGUCAUUGCGGAUAUGCAGAGAUUUAUUGCAGAGAUUUAUUGCCGAGUUAUUUCAUAGGUAUGACCUGCGUAGUCAGUAGACAUAAAAUCUAGAAAGCUAUAUAAAAAAAGAAAGACCAAAGAAAUGCCUAUACUGUACAUUGUGUCUUGUUUAAAGAUCAAUAUUGAUUGUGGGACCAGAGAAAAUAUCACCAAGAACAUCUCUCAGCCAAGCCUGACCUCUUUCGACACGGCACAGAAGUUGAUCUACAGUCUGAUGGCCAGGGAUUGUUACCCACGAUUCCUCAAGUCAGACAUCUACCAGGAUAUGCUGAGGAGAGCAAGGUGACUCUCUCAAACAACAAGCACUCUAAAAGUGUUUCUCAACCUUUUAUGUACCAGAGAUUGGCAAUAUAUAGUCCCUCCAUCCAUGGAGGACCACUUAGAUUAAAGGGAUAGUUCACUUUUUGGAGGUGUUAUCUUAUUUUCAACAUUCCUAGGGUGUUGUUACCUGGGGGUGUAGUUUAGCAAUGUCCAGAAUAUCCUGGCAAGAAAGCUUUUAACUUUUUACUGCAGUGGGCUAAAUCAGGGUCACACAGAGUGUUUCUUGGUAGUCUUAAACAAAUCUACUUUGAAACACAAGUAUACACCUCACACACAUGGUUAUUGGCUUAAACAAAAGAAGACACAUUGUACCAUGUCAGAUAUAGAGUUGAAAUGUAUUCAAUUUUGAGUUUGCAUCCCAAUAUUACACUUUAUAUACAUCACAGAUGACUGAAAUAUAACAAAACUGACAUUGAAACACCGGAUUUUCGUUGGGUUUUUUAAAUAAUAUUUAUUAAUGAUGAAAUGAUGAAAUAUAUUAAUAACAUUCCACCCAUGAGGCCAAAGAGGGUGCUUUUGGUCAUUGACUGCAGGAAAAGGAUACAUGUAGCAAUGCAAGUGGAAACGUAUUGUAUCAUAGUGAUGCAAAAUAGUGAACUAUCCCUUUAAUGCGCGGCAAUCCUUAGUUGAAAUAACAAAGUGGGACACCCCGCCUCUGUUUUGGUAAAAAGCUGAGGGAUGGGCCUGGGGAAAUGUAACAAUGUUUACAAACAUUGGAGUAAAAUAAGCUAAUAUUUUGGGUUCUGAUGGGGUUUGGCAGUUGAACUAUGCUCGUGAGGCAUCUAUAAGUUAUAUUCGUCAAGACUCAAUGGGUACAUAUCAUUAAUCUAUACGUCCAAAAAUGGAUGUCACAACUGCAGAUUGCCCCGUUGAAACUAGCACUUGAGAACAGACUAAAUGUCUGUCAGCUAACCAUCUAACCAGAAACCAUCUAACUGGUCCAGAGGUUGAGAAACACUACUCUAAAAUAUGAAGUAUAAAAUGGGUGGUUCCAGCCCUGAAUGCUGAUUGGCUGACAGCCGUGAUAUAUCAGACCGUAUACCACUGGUAUGUCAAAACAUUACUUUUUACUGCUCUAAUUACGUUGGUAACCAGUUUAUAAUAGCAAUAAGGCACCUCGGGGGUUUGUGGUAAAUGGCCAAUAUAUCAUGGCUAAGGGCUGUAUACAGGCACUCCGCGUUGCGUCGUGCUUAAGAACAGUCCUUAGCCAUGGUAUAUUGGCCAUAUACCACACCUCCUCGGGCCUUAUUGCUUAAGUAUGCUAGUCUUUCACCCCUUUCAUCUCCUUAUGCAUACAGUACCAUCUUAAUGCAAUCCAGGUCAAAACGAUAUCAGAGAUAGCUUUUCUUAAACUUGUGACUACAUUUCAUGGGUUGAUUCCAAUCUCAAUUAAAACUGAAGAGGAAUUCCUGUAUAUAUUAUAAUGUGUGAAAUGUUGUUGUAUUUAACUGAGUUAUUGUUAGAGACUAAAAAGGCUAAAUGUUACCCCUUUGACCAUAAAUUAAAUGACAAAAUAAGCUCUUAAUUUGUAUCAAUAGUAUUAUCACUUUUGUAAUUUUAUGUAAUCAGAUACUGUCUCAAAUUGAAAUCAACAUUUUCUGAAUGAAUCAAGCAUCAUAUUCAAAAUAAGAUAAACUAUCCAAAUGAGUUCCCAAACUCCUGUCCUUGUUCUGUGUGGAUCUUUUUUGGAAAGAAAGGUGCAAGCUUUAUGUGCCUGCUGUUGCAAUAGGUGCACUGACUACUGCAAUACAUUUACAUUUACAUUUUACAAAGUUAUAUGCAUUUUUUUGUCAUACAAAAAUGCACAGUGCAUUCGGACCUUUAAAGUGCCCAGUCAACCAGGGAAACAAAGGGAAGGCCUGUAUCUUGCGUGCUAUCAUUUUGAAUUUGAUGCAAAACAUCCAGAUUGUUUUGAUUGACCAUGAUUGUGGUCCGAUUAACUUCCCUUCUCCCUGAAGAGUGCACACCUUCACCUCCCAUCGUGGAUAAAUCUGAAUGGAAUAAGAAAUAUGAUGCAAACUCCCUCUUGCCCAAGCUGUGGGGGGGGGGGGGGGGGGGGGGGGGUGAGCCAGUCUGCACACUUUAAGAAAAAAGGGUUAAAAGGGUUUUGGAAUAGAGGGAUGUGGUCCCUGAAGUGCGUUCAGCUUUCCAACACCAGAUGGCAGCAAACCUCUCAAAUGGACUUUGUUCUGGUAGCAUGAAGGCUAUUUUGUAAACAAAUUAAACUGGCCCUGCACCAGAAGUUGAGGAGCAACAUCCUCCUACGGUGAAUGGUACACACAUUUAGCACAGAAAACAGACGCUGCACAAAUUUCACAUAGACCGUUAUGACACACCACCACAUUAUGUAACAGACAACGUGUGGACAUUUUUUGGGGAACUUUCACAUCAUUGAAGGACAAAGAAAAAUACAGUAAUGAACUAUGCAGUACGCACUGAGAAUACCUUUUUCUGAUUAUUUACACUGAUCUAAUGGAAGCUUUAAAACACAGUGUUUAGAUGCCCUGAAAAGUUUGUUUAAUGUGAGUACUGGGGCCAAAGGUGCAUCGCUGAGCGAUGGCCUGAUAAGAGGCCCUUUGCAUACCUUACGUAACCAUGGUGAAGGCAUGCAAAGUGAGGUACACAGAGAGGACAUGUUUCCCAGAAUACACCUGGUAUCAUAGAAAGUCUCCAAUGUCUGUUCGGCUUCAAUUCUACAUUGACCUUUAACAACAGCUGAAAAUAGCACACACAUUUUCUUCAUGAAAUGUACUUUUUCUAGUUAUGUAUAAUAUGUUAUCAUGUCCAAAAUUCUAAAUAAUCCAAUAUAAAUGCUCUGCGUGGGCUGCAGUUAGCAGUGCAUUCAGUAUUCCAUUAGGUUUCAAAAACGUACGGUACCCAAUAUGUCAAUAUGCCAAUCCUGUGUCAGUGGAAUGACUAUACCUCAUGACGAAUGCACUGCCUCCCAUAUAUUUAAUUUCUGCAAUACUUCAUUUGUUUAUUUUCAUGGGAGUCAUCAGGUCCUUAUAUAACAUUACACAUUUCAGUUGGCUGCUUAGGACAGAGGAAGUAGGUGGUUUGGUUAGUCACAUGUGAUCUGCCAACCGAAAGUGGGACAUUUUGUUCAGUUUGGUUUUUGAAUGUUCAGGUUAUUUUCAGAGGUGCUAUGUAAACUACACGGUAGGGGUGGGGUUGAGUUGUGAACACCACAACUUCCUCUGGGUUUUUUUCUCUGCUCUUAUUUACUUCUGUUGGUGGUAAACCUACUGUACAGUACAAACCUACAAGGCGUGCACACAAACUCUCAAAUGCACACACACAGAGAGAGAGAGAGAGAGAGAGAGAGAGAGAGAGAGAGAGAGAGAGAGAGAGAGAGAGAGAGAGAGAGAGAGAGAGGAGAGAGAGAGAGAGAGAGAGAGAGAGAGAGAGAGAGAGGAGAGAGAGAGAGAGAGAGAGAGAGAGAGAGAGAGAGAGAGAGAGAGAGAGAGAGAGAGAGAGAGAGAGAGAGAGAGAGAGAGAGAGAGAGAUUACAGGAUACAAAAGAGAUACUGCUGAAUUGAACAUACAGUACAGAACACAGCAUGAAACGAUAAUGUAUUCCUGAGGACUGUAUUUGAAGUAUGACAUUCUCUGCUACCAUGUGACCAUCACACGGUUAUCCUGAUUGGUUCUUCAUAGUGACACUAACUGUUAGCAACACUGAUGUAAGCAACACUGACUACUGGUUUAAAUUGCUCAGUUGUCAUAUGAUAAAGAUCUGCCAUUUUUAAAACUUGAAGAUGCAGUCGGAACAUAUCAUACAAAUUUGCAGGACGUAACAUGUCAUAGGAAAUUGAUGAUGUAGUGAACAAUUGUUACAACUUUUGGGGACCCCUUUCAAAACUACUGGCUGAAUUUAUUUUUUUUAAAGCUCUGGAGCAUCACUUUAAAUGUCUUUGACAGCAUGAUGUCUAGACCUAUAAUAUAAUAAUAAUAUGCCAUUUAGCAGAUGCUUUUAUCCAAAGCGACUUACAGUCAUGCGUGCAUACAUUUUUGUGUAUUGGUGGUCCCGGGGAUCGAACCCACUACAUUGGCGUUACAAGCGCCGUGCUCUACCAGCUGAGCUACAGAGGACCUCUAGUCAAGACUAACUUUCUUUUAAAUCUAUUGUGAUCAGGCCCCGAUCUAUCUGUGUAUAUACCAUACUGUAUAUGAUUGGUUCUCUGUGACAGAAAAGGAAAUGUCAGAAGCCACUACUGAUGUAAUGCUGUAGGGUGAGACUAAAAGGUGGGCAUUGGGGUUUUCAGUGAUGAAUCCAGUCAAAUCUUUGAGGUACUGUAUUUUCCUCCCUUCUGCUUGCACCCUAUUUCAUUUACAAUAUAUGCCAUUCAUGCAUGCAUACAUUUUACAUAUGGGUGGUCCUGGGAAUCGAACCCACUAUGUUGCCAUUGUAAGCGCCAUGCUCUACCAACUGAGCUACAAAGGACCAAUAACUUCUGGCAAUAACUCCAGAUAAAAUGAAUAAUGGGGAAAUAAUCCAUCCAGGCGUCAUGAUGCCAACUCUUCUGACACCUAUUAUGUCUGUAUUAUGUCUCAUCCAAAAGGUUAUACUCUUCAAAAUGAAAACGUUUAUGUUGGUAGAAACAGAAGUCUAGUAAAAAGCAUGCGUUGACCUACACCCAAAAAUGCUUGUAAAGGUGUUAACUAACAGAGGGUAAACUGUAUAGAAAUAAAUAGAGAAAGUCACAUUUAGAGUGAUGGAAACAGAAGUUCCAGAAUCAUGGGACAUGAAAUCAAAAGGCGUUAUGAAAGUAUAACUUCCACCUGACAAAAGUGUUUGAAAACUUUAACAAAGGACCUUGUUCUUUACCUAAGCCAAAUCGCAGAGUAAAGGUAAAUAUUUGCUUAUCUGUUGUUUAAAUUUCCAACAUCAUAUUUGCAUCUCCUGGCCUUAAUCUCAACAGGUAAUGACCUGUGCAGGUUUCUGAACGUGCAGACAGGCAGCUGCAUUGAGCUGGUAUGAACAAGCAAGCGUCAUACUCUACUUCCUCUAAUUCUGCGGUUAGGAAUGAACGAAACGGGUGACGCUCACAGCAACCAUAUUCUGUAUAAAGAGGGGUGUUGAUGAGACUGUCAAAACAGACACACUUUGAGGACUUGCAGAGAACUCCAACACUGAGUACUCCAUACACAGAACCCAGCUAUUGUUUCCCCAAACAUGCCUAUCUCAGUCACAUCACCAUCAAGGGAACUGCAUUCACACAACGUGGACAUGGAGGACAAGAGAAGAAAGCAGACAAAGUGAGUAUUUGCAGUAUUGUUGAUACCGUUUACAUUCCAAGUUGGUUUAUUGGUAAUUCGGCACUUUUGCAGAUUUAAUUGUUCUAAAAAAAACAUUGAAUGAUGUUGCUGGUUUCCUUUGCACUUAGGAACAAGACAACUUUGGGGUUUACUGUGCAUGUGCACGUUUUGUGUGUAUUCUUGUGUUUUACUGUAUAUUCACCUAUUUACUCCAUGUUUCAGGGGAAGCGACUUGAAAUCCCGACUACAGCGCAGAUCUUCCCAAGCCCCCAACACUGAACGGUAAAUGGGAUAGAUUCUCCACGUCCAUGAACCUUUCCUUUCAGGACACAUCCAUGAAACCACAUCUCCAUCCAGUGUUUUGAUCUGAAACUAACUGUCCUCCACUUUUACAGACUUAGCCCUGAGGAAAUUAUCCUGUGGUCCCAGUCUUUAGAGAGACUUCUCGCAUCAAAAAGUAAGCAUUUCAUGUACUUCAAAACAACUUUAAAACAUAAAACAGGAGGUUGAUGAUAUGAUCUUCAUAUGUCAAUUUUCGUAGGUUUGCAGGUUGUUCAGCCUAGCUAAGUCUGCCCCCCCCCCCCCCCCCCCCUUACCCUUUAGAUGGCAUGACAACAUUUCAAGCCUUCCUGAAGACGGAGUUCAGUGACGAGAACAUUGAGUUCUGGCUGAUCUGUGAAGACUACAAGAAGAUCAAGUCAUCCUUCAGGCUGUCCUCCAGGGCCAAGAAGAUCUACAAGACAUACAUUGAAGCCGAGGCUCCAAAAGAGGUAUGUUGUACUCACAAACACAGUAUAUUUAAGCAAUAAGGCCCAAGCGGGUGUGGUAUAUGGCCAAUAUACCACGUCUAAGAGCUGUUCUUAUGCGCAACACGACGCAGAGUGCCUGUAUACAGCCCUUAGCCGUGGUAUAUUGCCCAUAUACCACAAACCUCUGAGGUGCCUUAUUGCUAUUAUAAACUGGUUACAAACGUAAUUAGAACAGUAAAAAUUAAUGUUUUGUCAUACCCGUGGUAUACACUCUGAUAUAUCACGGCUUUCUGCCAAUCAGCAUUCAGGGCUUGAACCACCCAGUUUAUAAUACUUUACGAAAAACAUGUAGAUCUUAGAUCAUGUAUGUAUCUACUUUAUAUGGACACAUCUGCUUGUAUCCACUAAGUCUCAUCAGUUUCCUCUAUCUCUCUCCAGAUCAACAUUGACCACAAGACCAGAGAUCUCAUCAGGCGGAAUGUGAAGACGCCCACCACAGUUUGCUUCGACGAGGCCCAGAGGAUUGUGUACAGAUUGAUGGAGAAAGACUCCUACCCCAGGUUCCUCAGAGCCAACAUCUACAGGACCUUACUGGACUCUGCAUCAGACUACAUUAAGAUGUAA